AUGAGUCAACAUAUUGAAUUGCCAGUUCGACGCAAAAACGCUCGCUUCGUGAUUCCGGAUUCUCAAGAUUCAAAAUCAGUUGGUCCUAUCAUCGGCUAUGCUCAAGAGUUACUUCUCCCUCUUACAGAAGCAUGUAUACCAUUGGUUCCAAUUGUCUUUAAUAUAUUGGUGUAUGUUUCUGUUGCUCUGGAACGUGCUUCAGAUAAUCCAUCAGAUGGUUUGACAAGUGACGAAUCAGCUUCGAUUUGUCUCUACACGCUUGAAUGGAAUGAUGGGCAUAGAAGUCUCUAUUCUAUUCUCAAUGAAACACUUAGAACAGCUGAUCGAGAACAUUUACAACCUUGGUUCAAGUACUUGAAACUUUUACUUACUGCCUUGGUCAAAAUACAAUGUGCAUCUCAACAGACGAUUUGGCGCGGGAUACGAAAAGAUCUUAGUCCCAAAUUUCCUCCAGGAACUCAAGUGAUUUGGUGGAGUUUCUCAUCUUGCACAACAACGCUUCCUGUGUUAGAGAAUGAUCUCUACUUGGGUCAACAAGGGACUAGAACUCUCUUUUCCAUCGACGCUUUCAACGCUAGGAAUAUACGAAAUCAUUCGUAUUUUGCCAACGAAGAUGAAAUUUUAUUGCUACCAGGGACAUACAUGAAAGUACAAUCACAAUUCAAUCCGGCGCCUGAUCUCCACGUCAUUCAUUUGAAACAGAUGGUACCAGACAAUAUGUUACUCGAGCCUCCAUUUGAAGGUAUAUUUGAAAGUUAA